AUGCAUGCAGCCAUGCACCGUCCGCCACGCAGUCGAGCUGUCACCGACUAUACUUACCGUCGUACAUAUAAGGCAUGCAUCCCUUGCCGAGAAAGGAAAGCGAAAUGUGAGCUUGGGGAAGAAAGUGUGGCACCAUGUUCUCGGUGUAAGAAGAUGAACCUGGACUGUCGGUUUACGGAGAAAAGGCCGUGGGCGAGAGAGAACCUUGACUCCAAUAUGCCAAGAGCCACCCGUUCGAGGAUUGCUAGCGAUGGUACGCAAGAAGUUCAACAGAACUCAUCGCAAGAAGGUGAGUUUCUGCUGCCCACUAUCAUAGAUAACAACUCUGAUUAUUUCAUUCUAGAAGAUGGAGAGAUGCGGUCAGAUACCAAUAGGAAUGCUGUAAAGGCUUUAGAGCACCUGGUUCCCUCUGGAAAUGACCCUUUCGAUCUCUUUUUACAGGGGGAUAUACCAAACCCCUUUCCAUUUACAUCACUAACUCCCACGGAAAAUAGUACCAAUAGUGAAGGGCGAAGUCCCGUUCAUGCAGAUGUACUCAGAAUAUGGAACGCUUGUCGGUUCGUUAGGAUGGGAUGGAUCAAGGCCCGUGAAGCAGUCAUUCUCGUUGAGCUAUUCUUCCAGAAUAUGUUCCCUCUGUCGCCCAUUCUAACCGACUUCUACAAUACGCCCGAAAACCACUACUGGCUCGUGACUCAGGAACCCAUGCUUUGCUGCACCAUAUUAAUGAUUUCGUCAAGAUACCAUGGUCUCCCUGGAUUUGGUGGUACCUCCCGAGCAUACUCCAUUCACAAUCGACUAUGGCAGCACUACCAGCAUCUACUCCUCCGCAUCAUGCUAGGUCAGGAGAAGCUCUCAAAGGCAAAGACAAGACAUGUUGGUUCGAUCGAAGCACUUCUCCUCAUGUGCGAAUGGUAUCCCCGGGCACUCAACUUUCCCUUGGAGAACGAUGGAUGGGACUCAGAUCUGAUUCUUACAGAGCCAGACCUCAGAGAUCCUCCGGCAUCAGCAGAAGAGAUACCUAUGUCUGAUCGCUGGAAGGAAGAUGUCGUUGAACCUACUAGACGCUCUGACCGGAUGUCGUGGAUGCUAGUGAGCACUGCGCUGGCAUUGGCUCAUGAGCUAGGUAUUUUUAGGGGUGAUAGUGGAAAGAGGAAGGAUGAGUAUGAUGUGUCUAGUAUGCGGUCGGACGCAGUAACCUAUCUGCAACAAUUAGAGUGGAGACGUCGCCGUCUUCCUUCUUUAUUGUAUGUGUUUGCAGGCAUGCUUGCCUCCCGGCUGGGGUGCACGCCUCUUGUCCCAGAGAUGCCGGUAGUCAACGUGUCUGAGGGUAUCACGGAUUGUCCUUAUGUGGACAAGGAAUGGAUGUAUUUCAUGGCAUCAUGGGUUGACUUAAUCCGACUAGCUAAAGAUAUUACAGACACACAUUUCCCAUCAAUACCCAGGACUGGUAAUGCGAUGAGGGACAGCAGGUCGUCACAAGAUUGGGAAAGCAUGCUCUACCGCUGGCAGGCCAGCCGGCCAACAUUGAACUCUCAUCUGGAAUCCAUCCUGCACGUCGAAUACCAAUAUCUGCAAGUGUUCACAAACUCCAUCAAAGUCCAAUCGCUGGUCGAAAACAUCCUCAAUUCACCUACCCAGUCUGUGACCACUGACCGCACCUGCAUCGACGAAGUCAUCAAUAGGUCGACCGAGAUCCUGCAAUGGUUACUUAUCCAACCCAGCAUUCAAUACCUCCCAAUCCGCGUCUUCCUACGAGUGAUCAGUUCCUCAAUCUUCCUAAUGAAAGCCCUGGCACUAGGCGUCCGAACCACGCAGCUUCACGCAUCAUUACAUCUCCUUGAGCAGACGAUCACUACCCUGCAAUCGAGCCCAUUAGACGACAUGCAGCUCAUAUCGCGAUACGCAGCCCUAUUGCAGAUCCAUGUUUCUCGUCUGCGACAGACCUUCAUGACCUCGGCCCAGGAGAGAGAGAAGGAUGUUCAAUUGGAAGGUCAGGAGCAUAUCAAUUCUCUAUCAUCACCGGGGCAGACCGAACUAGUGCAAGGGUCGAAUGACCCUAUGCUAGGACACUUGGAUGAAAGUGGAGAUGAGUGGCUUUGGUUACCAAUAGAUCCUUUGAUGGCGCCGUUCGGCACUUGGGAUGAUAGCGGUCAGUUAGAUUACGGAUUGGACUCGGCGCAUUUGGAUUUGGAUUUUAUUUGGAACUUGCCGUCAUGA